UUGAAUUUAACAAUCGGUUCACUGAGGCCCUUUGAACUGAGCAACGAUUUGAUGAACUUACUAAUAUGGCGAAAUUAUUGCUGCCUUACGGUUAUGCUAAGCAAAAUUGUCGAUUCACGCACCUGCCGGUUAAGGCAUAAGGUUUUUGGCUUAAAUACCUAUGUUCCGAGGAAAACAGAUGGUGUUGCUUAUGAUGCAACUAACUCCAUAAGAACUGCUCAUCAGACGGUAUAUUUCUGGCCAAGUUUAACGGAUCAUGAGCGACAUGUGCUACGAGAUGCGUUCAAUGAGAUCAAACGCAGAACAUGCAUCAACUUUGAAGAAAAAGACUAUCAACCGUGGAGUCUUACCAUUUUGAACGCGCAGCACAAUCAGCUGUUCUGGAACGCAGCAGCCAGUGAUCCCACUUCCAGAGCAGUGCAACUUCGUGGCAUGCGUCAAUACCAAUUAGUAACAGAGCGUGUUGACGAAACACCGUAA